UGAUGGGGGAGCCAUUGCAUCGGCACAUUUUGGACCAAACUUUCCCGGAUGGCAUCGGGAAUACCUCAAACUAUUUGAAGCUGCUCUACAGGAAAUUGAUAAUCGAGUUACCUUGCCAUUCUUUGAUAGUAGAUUAGAUUAUAACUUGUUUGACCCAAGGGAAUCAAAUUUUUGGGGCGAUAAUUUCAUGGGCGAACACAGAGGUGUGGUAUCAAGUGGACCGUUUCGUCUUUGGCGUCAGCGUAAUGGUGCAUUCUUAGAAAGAAAUGGUGGAGCAUCUGGUUCCAUGAUUUCACCAAGGGGGAUUAGAAAUGUGCUAUCCAGAAGAAGAAAUAUUGAUAUAUUGUCACCUUGGGCAAAUGACAGAUUUGAUCUUGAAAACUACCACGAUGCUGUACACGUUUGGGUUGGUGGUUCAAUGCUUGGAGUUAAUACAGCUCCAUCAGACCCAGUAUUCUUUCUGCAUCACUGCUUUAUAGACUAUGUUUGGGAGCAGUUCCGACAAAGACAAACUGUAGAUCCUGAGAGUGACUAUCCAUUUGAUCAGAGUGCUCCGCCAUCUCACGCACCAAACCGAAUCAUGGAUAACUUAGAAAGUAGGAAGAGGAACAUUGAGGGGUAUAGUAAUGAUUACACAGAUCAAUAUUACAGAUAUGAAAGUAGUCCAAGAACAUGUCGUCAAUGUAGAAACCGCUUCCCCUAUCUUAAAUGUGGAGACUGGUUCAGAGGACUAUGUUCUGCUACAAACAGACCACAGAGUCCGGUUGGGCCACGAAUACUAGGGAUACCAGGGGCACCAGGGGCACUGGGGAUACGAGGGCCACUAGGGAUACCGCGUCCACGAGCAAAUAAAAUAAUCAAUAAAGAUCUAGGAAUAAAAAGAAAAUUUUCAUCUACAAUUACAGACAAAAGAAAGAAACCAACACGUAAAAGGAGGUCCACAGGUGAUUGGCUUGUGUACGAAACUUUUCUAGAGGAAAAAAAAAUCAGUAAAAUUAGACGAACAAAAAGAUCGAUAAAUUCCAGGAGAUACAAUAUGGAAGAGCAAACAUCUCACAUAACCGACAUGGACUCUUCCAUGCAAAACUCUUUUUUACUGGAUGGCGAGCCCGAUAUUAAGCGUUGGGUAUUUAUACCAGUUAAAAUUGUUCAUAGACGUCCGUCUGGCUUACUCUUUGGCACAAAAGUGAUAAAGAAUAGAAAUCUUGUAGAUGAUGUUGAUGUAUAUUCAUAUAACAAAUAUAUGAAUUAUACAGAUGAAGAGCAGCAAGCAACAUAUUCUCAUAGUUUUACGUCCGGGUCAGGGGCAGACAAAGUAUAUGUUCAGGUUGACGGUAUGUCAUACAAUGGAAAGUAUGUAGAUUACACGAUAGUUGAUUCCAGACUCCCUGUAUCAGAAUCUGUUGCCUUCGUUGCUGUUAAAAAUCCAAAAAUUAAUUCUAGCAUUUCAUUCAUAUCUGCUUACGACUCACAUGGUCGGAUUUGUCGCCCAUAUUGUCAUUUGUACGGGUCAAAUUCAAACCAGUAUAGAAAAUGUUCCGGAGUGGUUAACCUGACUGAAGAAAAACCUAAACUGUAUGGUGAAGAUGUCGGCGAGGUAACACAACUACUAUAUAAGUCUUGGAAAGGGAAGGCUUUUACCAGACGUGAUGAAAAUAUAUUUCUCAGUUUCUACUGCGACUUCCAUGAAAUUCCAUGGGGAAAAUGUUAGUUAGUUCUUUUGUGAUGAACGCGUAAUUUACAUUGCAAGUUUAUUAUUGUUCACAAAUACUUUGUUUUUGGCGCUUGAUAUAUAGUUACAUACCGUACACAUACAAAAUUUAGGUCUACAAAAUAUGGUAAAAAAAUCAACAAAUAUUUCGGGUAACACAACCCCACUUGAGCAUAAAACGAGACUAACCGUUAGAAAUCCUAAACAUCAUACAAACAGAACAAUGAUCUUUUCACAGAGUCCUACAAAUUUAAUACCAGUAUGAUGAAUAUCUUUAACCAAGACAAUAAUUCAAUAUGAUACAAUCUAUGAAAUAUAUGUACAAGAUAUGGAAUAA